AUGGUAGAGGUAAUUGAUGAUGAUGUGAUAGUUGAUAUGGUGGUAGAGGUGUUUGAUGUUUUAUUCAAAGUGGUAGUUGAUGUAGUGUUGAUAGAAUUAGGUGAUACUGUACUUGAAGAGGUAGUUAAUAUUAUCAGGGUAGACAUAGGUGAUGUAGUAGAUGGCUCAUAUUGCAACAGCACAUUAAGUCAUAAAGAUUUUUCUUUCGAUGAAGGAUCGUGGUCAUCGUGGGCUUGGUCACUUGGGUCAGCGCUCCUUCCAGUUUACUGGGAAGAUGAAGAAAAUGCUGUGUCAGCUCACAGGCACCGUCUUAACAAGACACUGCAUAUGGGCCUUUAUGUGGAAACUGCUACCUGGACUUUUAAGUUAACAGAAUCGGUUCAAGAUAGUGGAUAUUUUGGACCAACGAAGAUGCGAUUUACACCAUUCAUGCGAGUUGAGCACCAAGGAAGCUUUGCUACUGUUGUUGUUCGGGGUUUAGAAGCAGUGAAUGUACAACUUGGCAUAUCAACACUCACUGUUGAUCCAGUAGGCCACUGUAUGUGUGGCAUUCAAGAUAUACAAGAUGGUAAUGUUUCUGCUGGUCAAGAUCAAACUAUUCCAGUAAAAAUUGAAUCGUUCCUUAGCAUUGGACAGGAGGGCCAAGAAUAUCUUUCUCGGUCAUUAUUCGAUCCUCAAGUUCUGAUGGAAGCUCAAGAGCUUUGGGAGUACUCAUAUUCCUGGGAUAAACAUAUUAAGGAGACUACAGAUGAGCCUCCAACAAAUUUAGCAGUUGCUACAGAGGAUGAAGUAGCCUCACUUGAAGCCAACACUCCCAUCCGCUCGUAUAUUGUGACUGUGAUGGAACCCACAAUAGUGUUACAUGCUGCCCAACACACACGCAGUAACAUGAAAUAUAUCUUCAGUGCCAAACGCAGGAAGAAAAAUGAAAAAGCUGGUGCAGAGCUGUGUAUGGCUCGAGUACUUGCAGUUCCUGGUGUUCGGGUGAAGCUUUCCCGUUUAGAUAUAGAAUGGACGAAACCGAUGUACCCUAAGAGAUUAGUAUCAGCGGCCUGCAUGUUGCGCCCACCUUCUCCGGCUAUGCUACAUAACUGCCAUUCUCACUUAACAUUCACU